CGUUAUGUGAAGCAUGCUACUUUGAGAACCAAAUGAAUGUCAGUGUCAAGCAACAACAACGGCAGGGACGCUCUCUUGCGAGUUGUUUAAUUUCAAUUCGGGUGUGGCAUAGCUUUUUGAAAUAAAAUAUUGUUAUAUCCGUAAGCUAGUGGUACAGCUUGAUCAAUAUGAUUUGGCAUAAUGUAUUUGCAGUUAUUACUUUGCUGGUUAUUUCAGUUAUCGUAGUAUUCGGAUUAGAAUGUUACGUUUGCGAAAACCAAGAAGACAACAAUGAAAAAUGCGUGAAAACAAUAAUGACUUGUCGCGAUUAUGAAGAUGUAUGUUUGACUAAGAUAAAAUGGGGCAGUCCGCCUUAUUGGUCUCAAGGGGCGAAGAAGCAGUACUACAUAUCAAAGACUUGUUCGAGUAAGACUGAAUGCGCGGCCACCAGGCAGCGGUACAUGCCCACCUGCACUCAUAUUUGGUAUCAAGAUUGGGAAUGUUCAGAUUGUUGUCAAGGAGACAGGUGUAAUUACUAUAUCAUAAGUGGAAGUGUUGCAGUCAAGCCUAUGUAUGCAGUACUUCUUGGAGCUAUUCUUAUAGCAAAACAGUUCAUUCUUAGUUAAACUUGAUUGCAAACUUACAAAUGUCCGUCCAUUUACCAUAGUUUUAAGAAAGUCCGA